AUGAAAAUAUUUUUUGCACUAUGCGUUACAACGCUUUUUCUCUGCACCGUCAAGAGCCACCACAGUUGGUGGCAAUCUAUGUCACUGUAUCAAAUUUACCCCAGAAGCUUUAUGGAUAGUGACGGCGAUGGAAAUGGUGACCUAAGAGGCAUCAUUAAUAAAUUGGAUUAUUUAGCAGACUUAAAAGUCGAUGCUUUAUGGUUAACCCCUAUAUACAAGAGUUCGAUGGUGGACAAUGGAUACGAUGCAUCUAAUUUCACAGGAAUUAAUUACAUGUUUGGAACCAUGCAAGACUUUGAGAGCCUCGUUAAGAGAACUCAUGAUUAUUCAAUGAAAGUUCUCAUGGAUUGUAUACCUACUUACAGCUCUGACCAACACGAAUGGUUUCAAAAAAGCGUUGCUGGAGAUGAACCUUACACUGAUUAUUAUGUGUGGAAAGAAGGGAAAAAAGAUGACGGAACUAUGCAACCACCUAAUAACUGGAGAAGUGUAUUUAAUGGCUCAGCGUGGACGUGGAAUGAUAAAAGACAAGCUUUCUACUUACACCAGUUCACCCCUUCACAGCCUGAUUUGAAUUACAGGAAUAAGGACCUUGUUGAGGAGAUGAAGGACAUUUUACGGUUUUGGAUGAAGAAAGGAGUCGAUGGUUUUCGAAUAGACGCCACUCCAUAUUUGGUCGAAAAUCAGAAUCUAAAUUAUGAAAUGAUGCAGCAGUGGCGAGAUGUUGUAGAUGAAUACGCUAAAAAAGUUGAUCAGGUUUCCCGUGUACUGAUGGUCGAAGACUACGCCAAUAUUUCGACGAUUAUGAAAUAUUACUCAUCCGGCAUUAACUUUCCCUUCAAUUUUGGACUUAUGGACAUAAAUAAUUUAUCGACGGCAACCGAUGUAAAGAAUAUUCUGGAUUCAUGUAUAUUGAAAAUGCCUAAUGGCGCAACUGCUAAUUGGGUAGUCGGCAACCAUGACAAUCCAAGAUUAGUUUCUCGGAUUGGCAUUCAUCGAGCGACGGCAGUCACAGCAUUGGCGCUCCUGCUUCCUGCAGUUGCUGUGACUUAUUAUGGUGAUGAAAUCGGAAUGCCUGAUGCACCUAUUUUCUCCAAAGCUCCAUCGAAAUUUACAGAUCCAGAAAGGUCUCCAAUGCAAUGGAAUAACUCAACUUCAGCUGGAUUUUCUACUAAUAUAAAGACAUGGCGUCCUGUAAACCCAAAUUACAAAACUCUUAAUCUAGCGUUUGCUAAAGUUUCUGAUGACUCAUAUUACAAUUACUACAAAGCUCUGGCUUCUCUAAGAAAUAUGCAUGCUGUGCGAUCUGGUAACUUACAGGUGAAAGUGCUAGAGAACGACGUAUUAGCAUUCUCAAGGAAUAAAAAGAAGAAAAACUCUGUUUACGUUCUUAUCAACUUUAGCGAACAAAAUAAAACUGUAAAUUUGAUGGAAUUUGAGAAUACUGAUCCAGAACUUGCAUUUUAUAGAGCUUCUCCUGGCCUUGGUUUGACGUCAGGGAGCCUCAUGAAUGCAAACGAAAUCAACAUUCCGCCCACUGCAACUAUGGUCUUUGUCGAUUCCUAG